GUAGAUCCGCAGACCUGGCGGAAGUCCAAAUAUUCGCCCCCUUUUUUUUCUUCUGAAACUGCCUGAACAACCCGCCCACAUCGGCGCAGUCUAACAGGCUGGUACUUUUCCUUGGCUCCGAGUCAAAACCAAAGACCAAGUUUCUUGAAAAGCGGGACUCGAACCCAACAGCCAUGGCUGAGCUAACUCAUAUGAUAGACAGCGAGGUGUUCCUGGCCUUCUCUACCUACGCCACUGUCGUCGUCCUCAAGAUGAUGCUGAUGUCUCCUAUGACUGGAUACUUCCGCAUCACGAGAAAGGCAUUUGCUAACCAGGAGGACACCAGUCUGGCCUCCUCGACAGGGGACAAGAAGAAGCUGGUCAGGGUGGAUCCUGAUGUGGAGAGAGUACGAAGAUGCCACCAGAACGACCUAGAGAACAUCAUCCCGUUCAUAGUGAUUGGUCUGCUGUAUACCCUGACGGGGCCCGACCUCUCCGCUGCUCUGCUCCACUUCCGGGUGUUUGUCGGUUCCAGGCUCUUCCACACGGUGGCCUACCUCCUCCCCCUGCCCCAACCCAGCAGAGCUGCGGCCUUCCUCAUCGGACUGGUCACCACCAGCUCUAUGGCCUAUAGGGUUCUGAUGACUGCGCUUUAUCUGUAGAGGCUUGAGGGGGACACACACACACACACACACACACACACACACACACACACACACACACACACACACACACACACACACACACACACACACACACACACACACACACACACACACACACA